AUGUUCACAAAUAUUAAUUGUCCGUUUAGAUUGUGGAAUGACAUAUUAAAUGUCGCUCAAGAUCUGCUGGGCAUUCCUAGUGGUACUAUUCGCGCCACCGUCUUGAUCGAAACUAUCUUGGCCGCGUUUGAAAUGAAUGAAAUUAUUUAUGAACUUCGUGAGCAUUCCGCUGGUCUCAACUGUGGACGAUGGGAUUAUAUAUUCUCUGUAAUUAAGAAAUUUCGUAAGAAUCCUAAUUUCGUACUUCCCGACCUUCACGCCAUGCGUGGUAUGGCUGCUCAGAUUCCUAUGAAGAAUGAUCUCGAGGCUAAUGAAGCGCUUUUGAGAAAGUUUGUCUCGACAAAUUGCGCGAGGUCAAAGCUGGUCAUGAUGGUACCUGGGUAG